AUGGAUUUAACCUACGAUCCGGAGCAGAACGAUAGCGGUAUGGAAUCGUUGACAGCCAGUAAAGAUGACACUCCAGAGCGUAGACCCGAAGAUACGUUUAUUACUCCAGUGCUCGGAACUUCACCUUCGGCUGUUUCCCCCACAGCUGGACCUCUUAAGGAAUAUGACGAUGAACCAGAUGAAACUCUUUCAGAAAGAUUGUGGGGUUUGACAGAGAUGUUUCCUGACUGUGUGCGAAGUGGUACUUACACCGUCACUACCAAAACUUGGACUGGAGUAAAAUCUCUUUAUGGGUUGUCCCGUUCAGUGAUGUGGGUAUUGGCUAGUUCAUCGGUUAUUCUUUUUGCACCAGUGAUAUUUGAAGUGGAAAGAGCACAAGUUGAAGAAAUGCAAAAGUCACAACAGAAACAGGUCUUACUUGGGACUAACACAGCAAUGUCAGGACCUAUGCCAAACAUGCCACCAAUGCCACGA